GGCGUCUCUGGCUCUCUCGACUCAUUCCUCCUCCGAGUGGGCUUGAAAGAGCGGCCGAUGGAUGAAUCGGCCGGCGACCCUGAAGCCUUGUGCAAAGUAGAGGAGGCGGAGAAGCGACGGCAGGGAGCUUAGGCGCCGCAUCCGGCUCAUUGCGGGAAGUCAAGAUGGCGGCGGGUAAGUGUGGGAAGCAGCUCUUUCCCUCCGCCGCAGCCGCCCCCCUCUCACCGGGAAUAAAGGGGGCCCCGCUGGGGGGUGACGUUGUAGAACGCAGAGCUCUUAUUUUGGGAAGGUUUGAGGGGUCGGACUAAGCGGGUUGGGGCCUGGUCUGGGCUUCCGCUCCCUCCCCUCCCCACGGAGUGUACUUGCGGUGCAAGGAGGCGCUCUGAGCCACUGCUCUGGGAAAGGAAGGAGGGCGAGGCGGCCUGGCCAAGUGCAGGGGAGACCCGUAGUGGGGAGCAGGGGGAGGAGGAGGCACCGAGGAAUGGAGGCGGGGGAGACUCCCUCGCUUUGCAGAAACUGCAAAAAACGAGGCAGGAAUUGGGUUUGUUUUUGUAGCUCAGGACGUGCUUCGCUUCUGGUGUGCCUAAGGCGGCCGCCCCAGUUAUCCCCUAGCCCAUCUUUCCAGGUGCUGCCCCCCCUCCAUAAAGGGCCAUAGAACUGUAGAGUUGGCAGGGGUCCCAAGGGUCAUCUAGUCCAACCCUCAGCAAGGAUGGCCACGCAACCUCUGCUUAAAAACCUCCAUUGAAGUAAAACCCACCAGCUUCCCAGGCAGUCCAUUCCAAUGUCAAGCAGCUGUCACCACCCACAAGCUCUUAGUGUUUAGUCAGAAUCUCCUUUCUUGCAGUUAGAAUCAGUUGGUUCGGGUCCUGCCCUCUGGAGCAGCAGAAGACAAGCUUGCUCCAUCUCUCCUUAAGGGGUCCCUGUGCCAGGCUGAGAAAAGGGGUGGUGCCCUGUCACUGAACUAUGGUCACUUCCCAUCACCUAAACAGCAGAAUUCAGCAGAGCUGUGUUGCCCAAACAGGCUUUAAUGAAUUCUAAAGCACAUCUUCAUUUUACUGUAGAGUUGCUAUCUUGUUUUGCCCACAGAUACAAAGUAACAUGAAAGAUUAGUGUAACAGUAGCUCAUUUGUUCAUAAGCUGGUGAGGUGCAAAUUUCCUGGUACAUACUGUGGAAACUUUAAAUCUCAAAGUAGACUUCCCUAGAGAGUCUCUGCCAGCCAGAGUAAACAAUACUGAACUUGAGGGACAAACUGGCUGAAUUGGUCAUUUAAGGCAGGUUCCUCUGUUCCUUUGUAACACAGUUAAAAGUUAUCCUGAUGUGUUUGUAAACUGUAAAAGUAUCAAAUCUGAAAGUGACUGAAUUUUCUUCUUGUUCCAAUUUAAUGUUUAAAAAAAUACUUGAUUGUUAUUGGACAGUGGCCUUGUUUGCACUUUAAUAAUAAUAAAUUAAUAAAAAAAAUUAUUUAGACCCCACCCUCCCCGGCCAAGACCGGGCUCAGGGCUGCUAACAUCUGGUAUAAAAACAAUAGUGCAAAUGCAGUCUGCAAGUGCACAGGGAGACAAAUGAGGCAACAUUGCUCCUCCUUGCGCCUGCAGUGCUACUGAGAGCUACUAGGGUUGUGGCUGAACAUUGGUUUAGUAGUUCCAAACAAAUCACAAGCCAGAAUUCAGAUAUAAUCGUGUCUGGAUGUGAGCUGUAUCUUAGAUUUCAAUAAUGCAGGAGUGGGGAAGAGCAAAGUGACUGAUCAGUUGCUUACAAAGUUUUUUUGCCUCACUUGGAAGCAAUCCUCAUAGAGAGCAAUAACACUUACUUUCAAAUAAAUGUGCUUAAAGCUGAAACCUUAAUUUUGCAAAGGGUUCAAAGAACCAUGUAAAGGUAGAUAACUAGUAUUCCUAUUUACAGGUGAUUGUAAAAUAGAGUUCUUUUUGAACUCAUCUCUGAUCUAGCAUCUCCAACUCUUUAGCACUGGACCAUGUUGGCUCUUAAAUUUACAUUUAUAAAAUGUAAACUUUGGAGUAUGUGUAAUAAAAAAGCAUACCAUUUAACUAUCUCUAUGAAAAAUUCUUUGUUUCAUUUUUUAGUCAGCUUUUCUGAUUUGUAUGUGAGUUAAAUAAUGUUUUAUUAGAACAGCUGUAAUGAAUCUGAGUGAGACAUUUGUUAGGUAGUGUAGUCUUCAGAGGAGAAGAGCAAUUGCAGUGGAGUAGAUUUCUUCUAGCACAGAUGCAGUUGCAGGGGAAGGAGAGCAUGAGAUUUCUUCAACUAGCUUCUAUUUUGUCCUUUUCUUUCUUGCAGGCAACUGAGAACCACUUUGGCUGAAGGGAAGCCUUGAGUAUAGAUUUCCCUUGCUUGGCUUCUUCUAGUCUGGAGUGAACAUGGUAGCAAAGGGUUACUUUUAAAAAGGAAAGAAAGAAAGAAUCAGUGCAAGCAGCAUCAUGGCAAGUAGCACUUUCCGCACCCGUUUAAAUCUAAAAGUCACUUUCUUAAAUGAUUUAGUUUCCAGGAGCAAGCGGUCCUUUGAAGAGUUUCAAGAGGAGGAGCAACCAGACACAAAGAGACACAAACUCUCCUGCUUGCCUUUUGGUGCACUUGCAGAUCCUUCCUCAUCAAGCAAUGGAAUAGCAGUUUCUGCAGUGUGUUCUGUGGCCACCAAUGGACAACCUGAUGAUAGCAACACAGAUGACAUACUAGAUGACAGCUUACUGGAGCCUUCAGAUGGGGAACUCUCAGACUUUUCCACUGGACUCACUUCUGAAGCUGAAGAUGAACUUUUGUCAGAUAGUCAACCACACUGCCCGGAGACCUCAAAUUCCAUAGCAUUUGAACCAGAUGCAGAACAUGUUAGAAUUUUGUGUGCAUUAGGAUCUUCUAAGCCUUCUGGUACUCUAGAUCUAGAGUCUAGAAAAACAGAGCCACUGUCUCCAGCUGACCCUUUAGUCUGCUCAAGUGCUUGCAGAAAUGACUCUGAAAGUCCAGAAAGUGGGAGUGACUUGAGCACAGGGUCUCAAAACCAAGCUGGAUUUGGUUUGGAUUCAAACAGUUCUGUUCUUCCAGAAGCUGUGCCAGUUGCAACAGCUGCCUUGAGUCUGCAGAAAGAUAACAAUGUGUCUGGGGUAUUGGAUAAAGAAGCUGCUCAGGCAGUGGUAGACGAUAACUUGGAAAGAGUGAGACAGCUCAUGGCGAAACCUGAGAGAGCUGAAGGGCCCUGCAAGGAACAGGCUUCCCUGAAUCAAAAGGACCUAGGAAAAGAGAGUGCAAACAGCCCAGCACAAGAGGCUGAAGGAGAUUUGGAUUCUGCUGGCUUGCAUGAAGAAGCUGCACCAUCCUGUUCCACAUCCAUCGGUGAUCAAAGAAAGGCAUAUAUGGAAGGUCCCAGCAUCAAAGAGCCAAAUUGGUCAGCACCGCUUCUCCUGGUGCCUACAGCUAGGCUUGCUUUCUUGAGUCUUGGUGUGCUAUGCUCUGCUUUCUCCUCUGCAUCUGUUGUGCAGCUGUGCACCCUGGGUGGGAGGGGGUUGUAUUUGAUGUUUGUAUGUGCACAAGAAUACUAAAGCCUGAUGGGGCUUUUCAUGUGUCAUUUAUUUAAUUAUUAAUAAUAAUAAUAAUAAUAAUGUAUCCCUUUGCCUUGCACUAGAUCAGGCAUCCCCAAACUCGGCCCUCCAGAUGUUUUGGGACUACAGUUCCCAUCAUCCCUGACCACUGGUCCAGUUAGCUAGGGAUGAUGGGAGUUGUAGUCCCAAAACAUCUGGAGGACCGAGUUUGGGGAUACCUGCACUAGAUAGUAGCAAGCACACAAUUAACUGCUGAAAGGGGUUCUUGUGUUGUUUAUAUGUCCCAAGUUUUCAGGAGAACCAGUGUGGUUCUGAAACCGCUUGACAAACUUGUUUCUUAUUCACCACAUAGAUUGCUCUGUUUAUAUUCUUCUAUUUCCACCUUUCUCCCUUCUUCCUUCUGCUGCAAUGCUCUGUUUCCAGUUUUCCUGCCAAAACAUGGAAUUCUCAGCAAUGGAAGGUGUUGCUCAAUUGCUGAGAUCUUUGACAGUAAUGAGGGCUAGAAACCUUUCCUCAAAACCAGGAAUUUAAUAUUCUCAAGAGAUCUUGCAUAUAUGUGGUGGUGGUACAUGAUGCCUACAGUCUUAUGAUGCCUUACAUCUUGCAAAUGGAGAGUGUUGUGGAAAUGUGUCUUAUUUAGAUUAUGUAAUGCUGCCUUGUGUAUAAACCGAUUCUGCCUUAUUUAAUAGUUUAUUUAUGAUAUAAUUUUUUUAUUCUUGAAGAGGAGUUAAGCAUUGCCUCCUCUUCCCCACAUAAUUUUGUUGUUUAACAGAUUUUCACCAAACUUUACAUGGGGUGUUUUAAUUUUUGUGAAAACCAUUGUGGGAGAUUUAAUUUUUCAAAAAGUAUACCCUCGCAAGCUUGGAACAAUUUUUCAUUUGUUCAAUUUAAAAGGUAUGUGCUGCUGAACUGUAAAUUAAACCUGUAAAUGGACUCCAAAAGAUAUGCAUUAAAAUAGUAAACAAAAUUUAAUGUUAAAAACAAGUUUAUGAAAAGCCAGAUGAAUAAAAUCAAUAGCUAAAAGUUUAUGCUAAAUUAUGGAUUGAAAGUACCCUUCAGUUAUUGCAAGGUGUAAGGAACAAUCUCUAAAAUCAUGCCCUCUAGUCUUAGUGUGCUUAAAUUCUCUCAGUAACACAUCAUAAUUGUCUAGCAGAUGGCUUUGCAAUUCUUAGCAGUUUUGUCAUUUUCUCCCCCAUCCUCCAGUCCUAUAAGGCCCCGAUAUCGGAUAUACAUUGAAGAGGCAAAACUUGAGUCCAGCAAGAAAAAAUACAUCAAUGCUGUCCUUGCCCAUGCUCAGCAUGCUGAACUCAUAGGUAAGCUGGAGGUGGAAUCUAAAUUUUUCUGGGGUUCCUUUUUUCUGCUGGCAUAAAGUGUUGCCAUUGGGUAAGGGUUGAUUCAUAAAGUGUUUCCCCCCCUUCUCUCUCUGCUGGAGCUGGAGACCUGGUGGCAUGGAAUUUUGUGCAAUUAAUUUUUGCUUUUGUACCUGCCCCUCAACCUAAUUGGGUUGAGACAGGAGUUUUUCACCUGACCUUCCCUCAUAUUUAUUUGCAUUUAUAUCUAUCCUUCCUUUAUCCUGGCUUUCAGGGGAUUAACUCAUCUUAUUACUGCAAAAAAUUCUGAGGCAGUUUCACUUAAGAACGAGCUGAAAUCUGAGAAGUCUUUGUGGCUGAUCAAGGGUUUGAACCCACAUCCCACAAGUCCGUCCCCCCCAAUUCUAGCUACAGUGUCCUGACUCUCCUGGGGCAGGCAACUUGCCUUUCUUGCCAAAAUAUCAUAUGACCAUUUUGCUCAGCAGCACUUUUGUGAUACUGGAUGCCAGUUCUUUCUGCCACAGUGUGCACUGCAUUGUAAAUUAGUGGUGGGCAGGAUGGAGGUCAAGGGAAGGACACAGGUUGUUCUAGAUGGCCUUUAGAUUCUUCAAGACACUCUCCCUGGAGUUGUAAAGAGGAAGGCAGCCCCCUCUGCCCCCUAUCUUCCAAUGGUGGUUUAUUUAUUGGUUUCUUCGGGGGCAAAUGAAGAGACCUUUUCAGGAAGACCAGUUAUGCUGCUUCUUGCCCAAACUCAUUCAGUCUGUCUGUCUGUCUGUCUCUCUGCACAUGCAAUACUAACAAGGUGCUGGGCUGCUUCCAAUGUAUGGAUUGGGGACAAAUCAUGUGGGCAGAAGGAAAACUCUAAUUAGGAUCCUAUUUUUCUUUUUUAACUGUGCCUUUCAAAUUAAUAUGCAAUGUGUACAUUCAGAGUUCUGGCACGUCACACCAAAAUUGCUCAUGAAUGCUUCGUGUAAUGUGCACAAGCUGUUUGUUUAUUAGCACAAACAUGUAUUAUCUUGGGUAGCUUUAGGCAUAGAAUUGGUGGUCUGGCAUGGGAAGGAGAGGCAAUCCUAGGCCAGAGCAGGAAUCAGGGCUCUUGGCUGCUGCUCAAAAAGGGGACUCUUUAAGUAGCUCUGAGUUUUGCUAUGAGCGUGGAGAUGGCUUGAGAGCAGUUUCCCUGUGGCACAGUGCACCAGUAAACGCUAAAUGGGAGAGGGAACUGGGCGGGGGGACCCUUUCCUGUGCCACUGCCUGGUAAGGACAGGCAGAAAACAGCUGAGUGAUGGAUUUAACUCCUAAAAGAGGCCCCUCUUACAAGUCAGAACUUAGGCUGCUGUGUGGCUCUCCUGGCAGAGAGCCUGGGAAAAUGAGCAAGGGCAAAGGAUUACCUCUUGUAUGUGCGGGUUGGGUUAUGACCAUGGAUGUUGCACUUCUCCCAUGGUAUGUGUCCACAUGUGUGAGAACACAAUGCAAGGCCAAAGUCAUUCCUGCUUCUUGCCAGCAGGUGGUGCCAGAACACAGUGGUGGAAGUAGAGCACAGCCAGAAUGCAGCCAGAGAAUGACUUGACUGUGGCUGACUGGGCCUGUUAACCUGUUGUUGUUACCCUGGGCAUGCAGCUUCUACUGGCUCCUGGGGACAGUAGUGGGUGGCAGUGACCUCACCAGUCUUCCAGUUGAGCCUUGACUUGGUUUUUAAAACAUGGGUGCAUUGAAGGUUAGGGCUUACUUCAUGCAUGGGUGCAUUGAAUCGGUUAUGGGGCUUUUUAAAUGCUGGUGAAUGUAAACAUUGGAAGCUAUUUCAAUAUCCCAGCUUGUGAUGGGGAGGCAAAUUCCCGUUGCUAGCAACUCUUUGCAAGUAACACUAGACACCCUCCGCUUCUGCACAGCCUUCAGGCAACUAAAUCAUCACUGGUGUUGAAGAUAUUGUUUGCUCCAGUGAGCCAGGGAGGAGCAGGGUAUAGGUUUGUGGAAAGAUUUCUUACUUCCUGCCUUUCCCUGACUGAAAUUCUCCGCUCAGGAAAUUAGCUUUUACAGGUCAUUAGCAGCAUAAUGGGGCAUUUCAAACAGUGCAUCUACAACCUGCUGUCCAGAACACUUCUGAGGCCUCCCUUAUCCUGAGUUGGCAUGACUCAUCCUUAUUUGGAAGAUCCAUUCUAAAGAACAGUGUGUUUCAGUAUUUCACAGGAAACUUAAUUUGUGGUUCCACAGUAGCCAUUUCUUCCCCCAAACCCAACAUGCAUGUUUAGACCAUCACCAUAGGAUCCUUACAUAUUUGACUUCCUCUGUGUAAUACACUGCCUAGUAUAGCGUUCCCCAGUCUGGUGCCCUCCAGGUGUUUUGGACUACCAGCACCCAGUAGCCUCAGCCAUACAUGGUUCAGCUGUCUGGAGUUGAGAAACAGAGGGCACCCAGUUGGGGAAAGCUGACCUAGAAUGUGGCUAGUGCCAAAGAUGCAUCUUUUAACUUUAUUGAACCUCAGGGGUGGCCUAUGUGGUACCCUCUACAGCAGCUUCCAUUAUCCCUAGCCAUUGGCCAUAGUGGCUGGAGCUAAUAGGAACGGAAUUCCAACAACAUCUAGAGGGCAUUGCAUUACCUACCCCUGUGGUACCUGAUGCAAACACAAAGGGUUGCAUUGCCUUGCUCUGCCAAAUUUCAGAUGAAGUCAAUGAGUUGCAGCAGCUGAUGAUGACCGUGACUGCUGAAAACCGCUACGGGGAACCCGGAUUUGCACACCCAACAGACCUGACCGUAAGGUACUGUGUCACCCUUCAUGAAACCAAGGGCAGCAGGACCCCAGUGGCAGGUUUACCUCCCUAAGAAACAGAAUAACUUGCUUAAAACUGUUUUCAAGACGGUAAAAAAGCUGCUGAACUAAGAAUCUUGUGGCACUUUAAAGACUGAUGCAAUUGUUAUAAGCUUUUGUGCACUAGAGUCCUCUUCAGAUGCAUUAAGUCACAGUUACCUGUUUGGGGGGUGGGAAUAGCAAACAUUGGGGUCAAACAGCAUUGAAAUGGGAGAGAAAUGCAGAGUGGUAAUUUGCAACCACAGUAGUUGGUGUAUGAAACAGGGGAGGACUAUUGCUUUCCUAUCCUGGUUGGGGGCUUCCCAGAUGCCCCUGGCUUAGCUCUGUCAGAACAGUGCUGGUCUACAUACGGACUGAUUCAGCAAGGUGUAGUAGAAGAAAAUAUUCCAAAGGACAGAUGGGAUUCAGGGUGGGUGGGAUGGGGUGCCUCCUUUGCAUUUGCACUUGCUUUACAUUGAUUUAUACUUACUGUUGUUCUACCCCUAACCUGCAGGAACUAUGCGCAGCGAGCUAACAGUACAGCCCACAGAUGUUCCCUUGACCAGUGGGUCGAUAGGAACAAUCGCAACCUCCGUCGUUUUGAGAGUGUCCCUGAUCGCUUCAGGCGCAGCCCUAUCCCAAGCUAGAAGUGUCUCACCAUUGAAAUUAAGUUGUCUUUUAUCUGUGCUUCAAAGUUGAUUGUCAGCUUCAUUAUUAUUAUUAAUUUCAGUUUUUAAGUUAAGGCCAGUUUAUAGUUUGUUUUUGUUAUAAAUUUUUGUUCAAUUUGACCUUGAACUUCUUCUCUGCCAAAUGUUUUAUAUAUUUUUGGCAUUUUGAUGUUUCACCAAGCAGUUUGAUACUGUAUGCUAUGGCAAUUUUUAUAAAUGCUUGUGCCUUUGAAAUA